UCUGGGCCCUCCCUACCGACUUUGAGAGAGGAGGCAGGGUUAAGGCAGGCCUUCCUUGAAGUAUUCCUGGCCUUGUCGCCUCGCAGGGGUGAAGCCUGCCUUUGAGCCGGGGAAGGCAGGGGGACGGCCUCUCUCCGCCUCGUGAAGAGAAUCUUGGGCGCCGGUCGGCCUUGCUGGGUCUCCUCUCUCGUGGAGGAACCCCCGCCGCCCUCCCACCAGGAAAUAAACUGGGGGCCAGGACUCUUCAUUAGGAGCAGUGGGCUGAAUUGAGGUUCUUCAGAAGGAAUAGUCGGGCAGAAUUUGGGCUCUCCGUUAUAUCGCGUGGGUCAGAAUUUGGUAGUUUUAGUAAGAGUUAUUAAGAGUGAGGCUCUGUAUCUCAAUCAAUAGAAAAAAAAGCGGGAUGUCUAUACUUGAUAUCCAACCUGGACACAGCAUAUUAUUUGCGAACACACAAAUGCUGAACCACUCUAACAAUCACUAUGUCAGACUACACAGAGAAGACAUUGAAAUCCACAGGCAUGUGGACACUUUCAACUGAAAGGAGGAAACCAUGACAAUGAACAAAAUUUGGCUGCCAGUAUUUAAAAAAACUCUAAAAUCAUGACAGUGGGUAAAGAACACUCAGAAGACGGGGGAAUUUUAGAUAGGAAUCAAUCAGGACCAGCUAACACCUCCCGGCACAUGAUUCCCCCAGGCAGGAAUCAGCCAGGCUUUGAAGCUGCAAGGCUUUUCCAUGCUAAUCAAUGUGAUUAAUUGCAACAUUCACACUUACCUCCAACAGACAGGAAUUCUUUUUCCCACCCUGGACCUUCCACAGAUAUAUAAACCUCACUGACUUAGGGCCCUUCCACACAACCCUAUUUCUCAGAAUAUCAAGGCAGAAAAUCCCAUAUUAUCUGAGUGUGGACUCAGGUAACCCAGGUCAAAGCAGAUAUUGUGGGAAUUUCUGCCUUGAUAUUCUGGGAUAUAGGGCUGUGUGGAAGGAUCCCUAGUUUCCAAUAUACUCUGAGGAUGCCUGCCAUAGAUGUGAGCAAAACAUCUGUAGAAAAUGCUUUUGGAACAUAGCCAUGCAGCCCGGAAAACUCACAGCAACCCAGUGAUUCUGGCCAUGAAAGUCUUCAAUAAUAUAUGUAUAUAUAGAAUAAUAGUAAUUAUUAUGAUGCGACUGAAUCUGGGCUCUAUUAUGACUACAGGGGCUGGAUUGGAGCUUUUCAUAAGGAGUAGAGGGGCUGGAUUUCAACACUUUCUUGUGAAUUUGGGCUCUUUAUAAGUAACAGUGGGACUGAUUUUGGCUGUUUAUUAUAAGUUAUGGAGCUGAAUUUGGAUCUUGACAGGGAGUUUUUUUUCUCUGUGCCUUUUUUGCCUUGCGGUCUACUUUAAAUGAAAUAUUUCCAUCCUUAAAUUACCUGUGUUUCAGUAGAACAAAGCUUUAGUCAUAGGAAAUUGGGAAACUUAAAAAAAAGGAAAAUGUAAAUAACAUGGUGUUCAUUUUCUUUUGCAUUAUUUAGGCGAACAGUGAUUGUAUAGGCUGGUUUAGAAAUCGGCUGGUUUAGAAAUGGGCUGGUUUUUGUGACACAAAGUAACAAAUAAGAAUAGUAAACUAAGGUAUUGUAAUUUGUCAUCAGCCAUUUUAGAAUUAAACCUUGAUGGUGAUUUUUAAGAAUCGACUUAAGCUUCAUCCAGUUGUCUAGAAUUUAAAGCUAUUUCACUACAUAUCAUUUAUAAAUGAAACAGAAUCAUCUUUGUGUACUUAUUUGAGAGUAAACAUUGUUGAAUGUUGUAGAAUGUAGAUCCACCUGUGCUGAUUGAACUGUAAAGAGUUGCAGCAUUCAGGAACAGCUGGAAGAUAAGGAAAAAGCCAUAGCAGAUGGCAGAACUUCUUCAGGAAAUGUAGAAGAAAAUCUGCUGGCAGAAUAGCACACCAAACUUCAGAAGUUUUCCAGGUGUGGCAGUGGAAAGAUCCACUUUUGUCCCAAUCAUGCCUAUAUUAUUCCAUUGGAGGUAACAGUAAAGAUGGGAUUUUCAAUAGUGUAUUGGGAAAGAUUGAGAUCUGUAGCUUGCCCUUAGGUCAGGUGACAUGGCACCUCCCAGGAGCCUCCAAGUUACAUCAAUCCUGGAACUGGAGUAAGAAUGAUUUCCCUAGCACACAAUCAGGGAAGAAGGAUAGGAAAAACCAGGGGGAACAUAAUCUGUCAUAAUGGCCAUAAUAAACCACCAGAGGUUUGGAUGUAAUAAUUACUCAACCAUGAAAUCUUUCCCCCCUCUUGCAGUAAGAUUUUUCAUACCAUCAGUCCAGCUGGUCUCUCAUUUGGGUGAAGAUAACUUAAGUUCAGCCUAACUGUCUUGAAGCCACCAGAUCUCAUCUGCUCUAAGAAAAUAAGCAGGCUCAGCCCCAGUUUAGAACCUGGAUUAGUGACUACUAAGGUGGUGCUAGCUGAAUUUCACAGGAAGGCAAUGGCAAAUAACCUCUGCGUAGUUCUUGCCCAAGAAAGCCCUGUCAAAUGCAUGAGGUCACCAUAAGUCAAUAAGCAACUUGAAAACACAUAAACAUACAGCUGAACUUUCAUUUUGAAAAAAUGGAUUUAAAGUUUGUAUUCUCAUUGAGCCAUAUUCUGAUACAAUAUAGGUUUGAUUAGCAAGAAAACUGCAAAACAUGGUAGUUGCUUAGCUAAUUGUUAGAUGAUCAGGAGCAAAAAGAAUGUGGAAAUACAGCAUUGUCCUGUUAGUGAGUAAGAUUUGUUAUCUGGUAGAUAAUUCCGAUUGAGAGUUAUGACUAUUUUUAUUCAUUUUAUGGUUAUUCAUACAUGUAUGCUGUAUUUUUCUUUCAUGGGUUUUUGCUUUUUAUUGCAGUAAUAGUAAAGGGAGGAAAGAAGAUUUGAAUAUAUUUAACAGUGUCCUAAAAAUCAUACUAGUAUUUCCUGGCAUUUCGGUGCCAUUCAUUAUUAUUUUACAGUAUUCAUUAUUGUAGCAUUGCCACAGGCCAAGGUAGUUCUCAACAGAUGUGAAGUAUUCUGGACAACAUUCUGUUAGCUGUUCUGGUCAGCUCUGAGUUGGGGGGGGGGCAUAUGCCCACACCCAGAAGCAGCUUUUAACCAUCUCAAUUGCGUUAUAGGUAAAUGGAAAACUGCUUAUAUAAGCAGGGAGUAACAUGUGGGUUUUGCCCUUAUAUCUUAACUUUGGUUUAGUAUCACUUUUAUUUAUCCUCCCUUUUGUCAGCAGGAAUAGGGCUUGUCAAAUACAUUUUAAGAAGGCAGGAGCAGAAUGUUCAUCAGCCUUUGGUCUCAAUGUGGAACACUAUAUGACCCAGCAUCCUCUAUCUGCCUUUAUCUGCUGCUGUUCUUCAGUUUGAUAUAAUCUGUAAUUGCAAGUAUUAUCUUUUUCUUCAAAGAAGAACUCAUAGUCAUUUUGCUCCAGGAUCCAUUUGUAUUCUGUUCUUUAUCAUGGAAUUUUGUGGUGGUGCACAACCAAAACAGUAGGCAAUGUAAAAUAAUCCCAGAUUAAAAUAAUAGCUUCAUCUUCUCUUCACCACAACAGAUCCUUCAAGGCCCUAUCAGAAUAGAGUCUGGAAGCAAAUAGCAGGAAAACCAAUUGGCAUUAUUUUACUUUGCUAAUGACAAUUAAUAGUGCCACUGAAAGUCUUGGAAAGUCCCCAGCUCUACAGAUUUACAUUUUGGCUUGUUACAUAAUUUUGGGGAAACAUUCAUGUGUUCCCAGAAUUACUUUAUGGAGGUAAUCUUAUUGAUGUUUCUGAUUCAGAUAGCCUUAAUUAAUCUUUCUGAAGUUUACCUUGUGUCAGGGCUCAAACUACAUUGUAGUAGGUCGUCUGUGGUUUGCUCUUCUCCACACUUACAUGUCAUGGACUCCACUUUGUAGCCCCAUUUCUUAUGGUUGGCUCUGCAUCUCGUGGUGCCAGAGCACAGUCUGUUUAGCACCUUCCAAGUUGCCCAGACUUCUGUGUGUCCAGGAGGGAGUUUGUCAUCCAGCGUCAGCCACUGAUUGAGAUUCUGGAUUUUAGCCUGCCACUUUUGGGCUCUCACUUGCUGAGUACAAGUACAGAGACCUGUCUGUUCAAGAAACUAUCAGUGUUAUUGCCCAAUACAAAGAUCUCAAACCUGUAAUGGAUGGCUAUGUUUUUAAUGAUGGUUCAUCAAGAGAGUUGAUGAGCCUCACUGGAACUAUUCCUGUAAGUUACAGAGGCAAUACUUAUAAUAUCCCAAUAUGUCUCUGGUUGUUGGAUACAUAUCCAUUCAACCCCCCAAUCUGCUUUGUUAAACCAACUAGUACAAUGACAAUUAAAACUGGAAAACAUGUUGAUGCAAAUGGCAAGAUAUAUCUUCCAUAUCUCCAUGAAUGGAAACAUCCACAAUCAGAUUUGAUAGGAUUGAUUCAAGUUAUGAUCGUGGUGUUUGGAGACGAGCCUCCAGUGUUUUCUCGGCCUACUAUUUCAGCAGGCUAUCCACCUUAUCAGGCAACAGGACCACCAAAUGCUUCCUACAUGCCAGGUAUGCCAAGUGGAAUGUCUCCUUACCCACCUGGGCCUCCUCCUAAUCCAAGUGGUUAUCCCUACCCUUUUCCUCAACCUAGUGGACCAUUUCCAGCAACAACUAGCACUCAACAUUAUCCAUCUCAGCCUCCUGUAACUACUGUGGCAGAUGGCAGAAGAAAGCAGAAACAGGUAUGGAUUUGUGGUCAUUCUUAUGUUUUUUGGGCAGAAAAACGGUCACUUGAAAGAAGCUUUGCCCCAAAAUUGGGCGUUCGGCUGCAGGAUGCCAAAUUACAUUGGCUAGGAAAGAGCGGCAUGACUUGGGACCAGUUAAUACCCACUCUGUUGCACUCGCGACGUCGUCUAACAGAUCCUGAUGUUCUGGUAAUCCAUUUGGGGGGAAAUGACCUGGGGACAGACAGAAAUAUGGAUAUCAUAAACCAAAUGAAGAAGGAUCUGGGACAUCUUAAGCAAAUAUUCAAGAAUAGCAUUCUGGUCUGGUCAAAUAUUGUGCCCCGUAAAGUAUGGAACCAAGAGAUACACCAUGAAGUGAUGGAGAAAAGCAGGAGACAAGUCAAUCAAGCAAUUGGCCAUUUUAUUGAGCGUAUUGGAGGAAUAGUGAUUCGACACGAUACACUUGUGCCAGGAUCUCCUGGAUUGUUCCAUCUCAACGGUGUCCUUUUAUCAGAAAGUGGAACAGAUAUCUUCAUCCUGGAUUUACUUAAUGCUUUGGAGACUUUGGUUUGACUUAUACCACAAAGGAAGAAUUGCUUAAAUGCCUGUGAAUUUAUACUAGUAUUGAAGUUCUACAGAUAAAUAUGAAAAGUAAGGGGAAUUUACAAGUAGGAAAAUUGACUUGUUAUUCAUGUGGUGGGCAUGAGUUGGUAAUGUUGUAGUCUCAUGUGUUGCCCGGCAGCUGGCGCAACUGUACAUCUGCCCAUAUAUUUAAUUGUGUUAUGUUUUGCUUCACUUUUUAAUAUUAAAUCCAUUUCUGAUGUUUCCUUAGAGGCAGUGCCAAAUAGUUUAAUAAUUUAAUUCUGUUUUUAUAGCCUAAAAUUCACAGAGGAAUGCACAUACAUAUAUCAGCUUAAAGUAUGAGUUGGUAAAAGUAUUUCCUAUGGGCGGUAGGGGGCUACUCAUCAGUAUUGAUUCUUAAAUUUAAGAAGUACUGUAUAAAUUCUUGAAUGAGAUGAUAUGAGUAGGUAAGUCAGCUGAAGAAGAUUCCUAAUAUAUCCCAGAAAUUGAGUAAGAAAAAGAAAGAGAAAGAGCACAUUAGAUCCCUGAUUGUUUUCAGAUGCUGAUUAAUAGAUUGAUGUUUAAACCAUAGUUCCCAUUUCAACUAUAAUAGGAAAUGUAGUUUUAAAAAACAAGAAAGAAGACAAAGGGGAAGUAUGUGCCUGAUGCAUGUUUACAGCUUUAGUGAACUCUGGUUUCUGUAAUAUCUGAACUGACCCUGGGGCUGUGUUGCUGUAGCACAUUUUACGAACACAAAAUAGUCUGUGCAAAAGGAGAACUGUAAUGACCAAAUAACAUAUAGUGACACCAAAAUCCCCAAUACAAAGCUCAAUACAGUAGAAUGAAAAAUACAAUGAAAAAGGAGCAACUGCUUUCAAACAGAAAGUAUUAGGAGAGGUUGGAAAAGUUGUUAUAGGUGGCAGUGUUCUUAGCUUUGGAGCAAACAGAAAUGUUUGUUUUUCCCACUGCCUGUAAUGCAUCAUUCAUUGUAAAAGAUCAUCAUAAUAUUCUCAGUGCAGUUAAUGACAUUUAUAAAGGAUUUUAAAGCAGUGUGCUUUUGCUAUGAUUAUAUCACCCAGGGCUAAAGAAAUUUCCAAGUUUGAUAGGAUUAUAUAUCGCAAUCAAUUGUAGUGGUAAAUUGGGAAGAGAAUAAAAUAUAGGGAAAUGUUUGCACAGCCAAACCAUGUAAUAGAAUUAACAGUUCUGUGUUUUAAAAAAGUUUCAGAAGAAAAGAAGUUUCAGUGUUUUGAUGCACAAUCCCAUUUAAAUUACUUUCAUAUGACAUUGUGCCUUCAAGUUCUUUCACAAGUGUGUGUGUGCAUGCAUGCACAUGCAUGAAAGAGAUACAAGUUUCAUCUACGUAUUUGAAGCCAAACCACAGAAGAAAUGUAGCUGAUUCUUUACUGUUAUAGCUUUAUUGACCAAACUUCCAAACCUGUUAAGCUUCCUGGAGGUAGAAUUUGGAAGCUAGUUCAGCACAAGCUUGACUGUGGAAUGUAGGACUACAGAAAUGAAAUACUGCAGACAUCCAUAUAAAUAUUGCAUGUUUAAAAACAAACUUUAGUACAACUUAUGAUGAAGAAAGUUGACAUUGCUAUUUUAUUCAAUUUCUCUUUGAAUACCUCUGAGAUUUUCUAGCAAGAAGAAUGAUAUAGUUUUUAGGUGUUACAAGGACUGAAUUCCAGGGCACACAUAGCCCCACUUAAAAGCACUCGCAGCAGACUGUAUUUUAAAUACUUGCUAGUAAUAGGGCUUUGAAUUCUAGUAUUCUGUCAAAACCUAGUAUUUUUUCUAUCUCAUUGAUGUUGGUAAGAGUUAUAGAUUCAUCUAAUUUGUAUCAUUUGGAUUUUGUUUUUAAAAUAAAAUUGCCUGUCUCUUUUCGUCAUUAUGUGUUAUGUUAGCAAACUCUGAAUUUUAAAUGAUGUGAAUGAUUUCCCUCUGAACAUACCUUGAAAUGUUCUUCAGGUUGCUAAGUGUGCUCUGUUUAUACUACCAAUUAGAAUAUCCACUUCCCAAAAUUUAUUAUAUUCUAUUAAAGUAAUGCAGCUAUAUGAAAUAAUAUUAAGGUUAAACUGUAAAUAUGUGUUAUGGGUAAUUGGUGACCCUUAUUUUUUAUAAAUUAAUAUGUUAUUUUUUAUUUAGAUUUUCUGUUAUAUAAUUGGAAAUACCUUCCAUUUGUACAAAGCAGUAAUCCUCUUACGUCAUGGUUCCCAUUCCACGUCAUUCUACUUUCAAAAGAGGGAUUUUAGAGAGACUUACAGUAAGGACAGACUGAAGAUACAUUUUUGUAGAAAUUGAGUGUGGAUUGUUCUUUACAUUUAAGGCUUUUUUUUUCUUCUGGAAUGUACUCAGUAUGCUAUUGAGUAUUCUGUAUAACCUUUAGUUAACACAUAUUAUUUGGAACCAGUGAAAUGAACUACAUGGUGUAUUCUUUAUUUGCGAAUAAGAUAAUCAGUUUAAGUUUACUUUUAUGUAUUUUGAAUUAUCAAGACAGUGUCCCAGAAAUCUUAGUUAUAUUGCAAUAGCGCUGUUUAUGAAGAUACAUGUACACUUUUAAAUCUGAGUGUGUGAAAAUAAGAACAUUUCAGAUAUAUCUUGACUUUUGUUGGCCUUUCUAUGGGGUGGACCCUAAAAAGGGUGGGUUUUGAAGAUUUUAAGAUGAAUAGAUUUUUGGGAUAAAACUUAAGGCAUAUUUUGUGGGAAUAUUAUCUUCUUCCUAAAGAUAAUCUUGAAGCAGAUGAGUGCUUUGAUUGCUUGCAUUCUCAUAUACAGACAUCUAGCCUAUAUUCUAAGGUAACAUCAAAAGAAAGAAGAGGAAAAAAACCCACUGUAUUUAUUGUCACUUUUCUGAUUCGAUGAAUGUUAAAAGAAAUAGAAUUGUAUCUUUUUAUCAAAUAAUAUCAGAGAAAAUCACUUAUAGCAAGAGGCAUUUUAUAUUUUCUGUUUUUAACAGUACUGUGCACUGAAAAUACUGUUCAGAAUGUAUGCUAGGAAGACCGUGUCAGCAAUACUAGAACGAUUUUAUAUUGCCAAGUGAACAGUAUGCUGUGCUCCUCAGGAGGCAAGGUCAUUUCAUAUCAAAGUUGGUGAUCAACUGGAAUAGUGUCAGUAUUAACUUUUAGAUUUUUGUGUUUUCAGCUUAUUAUACAGUUCAAGAGCUGUAAGUUCCAUGUUAAAGGUUACAAUAUUGAAUAGCCUUUAUGAGUUGUUGAAGAUAUUCAUCAUUCUUGUUGUUGGCUGUAUCUUAUUUGAACAAAACUUGUUUGUUGGUUACUGUAAAGUUCAAUUUCAUUGAAUUAUCCAGGGCGUAGUAUAUCUGAUUCCUAUGCAUUGAUGUGGAAGUUGAAUAUUGAAGAACGCUGACAGGAAGAAAAUCACCUCAUUGAGAUAUGGUUCUGGAGAAAAGGUCUAAUGAUACCAUGUACUGCUAAAAAGACAAAUAAGUUUUGGAGCAAAUCAUGUCUCAACUCUCCCUAAUAGUGAAGAUGACUAAAUGAAGACUGUUGUACUUUGGACGUAGGGUAAAGUGGAAGGCAGUAGGAAAAGAGGGAAAUCAGUUGGAUUGAUUAAGCCAUGAAAGCUAUAGCCUUGAGUCUGUAAGACCUGAGUCAUAGUAAUUGCUGACUGGGUUCUUGGAGUUCUGCCAUUUGUAGAAUUGCUAUAGUUUGAAGUCAGUGGCAGCUGAUAUAAUGGUAAGCUCAGCUAAAGAAUAAUCUCCUAUGGCACUUUUGGAAGUUAGCAAAAUUGUUGUUUUCAACCUGUUCUGGAGCGCCUAUUUAUAUCUAAUGAGCUUUAACAAAUGUACUCUAAUUUAAUUAUAUUUAACAUUUAACCCCACUAGAUUUAGAUUUAGAUUUGCACCACUGGUGCAAAUGCCACUGGUUUCAAUGAAUUCCCUAUAGUUGGAAUUGACUUUUAUUUAUCCCUUUGUUUGAGAUCCCUAUUUGGUUAAAAUUUAGCACUACAACAUUAUUCAAUUGUGUUGAAGAUUAUAUACUAUAUUAAAUCUGCUUGAUGAUACAUAUUUUUUAAAAAUAUAUUUUAAAUGCUUAGAGCUUAACUUCUUCAACUGGCAAGUUGAGUCUUGGCUUCUGUUUUUCUUUCUAAUUCAUAUGGCAGUCUGCAGUUCUGUAAGGUCAAUAUCUUAAGGUCAUUUCUGAAAUCAGACUCUAUAUGGCAAAGGUUAGAUGUCUUGGGUGUUCUCUGAAAUAAAUGGCUGUAUGCCAUUACAUCUCCUCAAAGAGUGGCUAAUUAUGGAAGUGAUAGAAACUGUUAACGGCUCAUGUACUUAAAGGAGGUCUGUAAGCUAUUAGUUAUUUUAUGAAUACAUUAUGGCAAUUGUACAUUGUAAAAUUGCACAUGCACAUUGAGAUUGCAGAUUUUAUAUUUCUGUUUUAUUUUAAGUUUUGGGCAAAAAUAUUAUAAUAUUGAUUAAAAUAUUGUCCUGAGUUAUAUGUAUAUGGAAUAAGCAGUACUUAUACCUGUAUGCGAGGAACAGACAUCUGUAGAGGAGGAUAUUAUACUCAGUUGUUAGUCCACUAUUUGCACAGGGGUUUUGUGUGUUAGCUUUUCAGAAACAUCAUCUUAGUUAAUGUGUUGUAGCUAGUGUUCAGCUGUCUUGCCAGCAGGCUUGGCAUGGAAGAACCACAUGUUGACAGCAGGAAACCCAUAUCAAUCCACUAUAAAGGUACUGUAUUAGAAUGCUGGCUUCAUUUGCCCACUUAUUCUGUGCCAUUCUUACCACAUAUCUAGUCCAUUAAAUACAAUUUCUGUGUCUAAAUCCGGAAUCAUGCAAGCACCUCACACUUCUACACCAGAGCAACUUCCUUUUUCUCAAUUGCCAGAUAACUAGUGCUGGAGGGUUUCUGGAUUAUUGGCAAGAGGGUCUGCAGUGGUUCCUUCUACAGCCGAACCCAUGUUCCAUCCUCCUCUUAGUCUGUAAAAGAUAUUUUUUUACUUCGUAUUUAUGUCAGGUGAGAGGAAUUCAUGCAAUUUUUUUUUUGUGGGUAAACAGUUUAUUAAUAUGUUACAUAACAAAACAGCAAAUUAUAGCAGAUAAAGUCAGAUAACAAUCCUUUUGAAAUGUACAUGCAUAUCUACAUUAGGCAAUCAACCGGUUAAUUCUAACAUUGAGUACAUAUUAUCAGUAACUCAAAACAUAGAAUUGCUCUUUCUACAUGUUAUCCACUAUUUUCAAUCUGGGUUUCUACUCAUUUUUUUAAAAAAUUAAAUAUAAGAGUUCACCCUAACAUUCAAACAAAGACAUACAACGUAUUACACACAACAGACCCUGCACACACCCAAAACCCCUAUUCCACACAAAAUAAAACCCCUUCCCCACACCCGUGCACCCUUCACCAUGACUUCCAACCCUGAAGCACUAUGAAGCCUUUAAACCAAUUUAUCUAUCCUUGUUAAUAGUAGAAUUCAUGCAAUAAUUGAUGUACUUAUUAAACAGCUUCUAUUAGGUCACUAAUCGCUCUUACUUUGUUUUGACUAGUUAAAUCUAGCAUCUUUAUGUGUUAUUGCAUAACCAUACUUGCACAAAUCACCUGAGAUGAUAUAUAGUGUUAAAAAGAAUGACUUCCUAUCAUACUAAUUAAUAAAAGCCAGAUAUAUUUGAAAAGAAAAUGACUAUUGCAUACUGAUUUGAACCCAGCAUUUGCAGUUUUCAGUAGGGAGUGAGACACACAACAUAUUAAUAAAACAAUAUUUUAAAGCUAAAAGCAAAGAAAAUGGGAUAGGUAUGUUCCUAGUUUUCUAAUUACACUGCCCUUGUGUAACUCCCAAAUACGUGCUUAUAUUUAAAGGGGAAAUUGUGAUUUGUUCGAAAACUCACAGACAAGCUGUAUUAUGCUAUAGAUGUUCACUCUGGUUCUUGCUUCUUUAUUGGUCUAAUGUAGUUUCAUUUUUGAGUUUGGAUGAAUUUAUUAAAAACAAUUUUGAUAUAUUU